CAGCAUAUUUAAAUAAUUUUCUCCUCAUAUUUAAACCAUAAACAAAUGUUGCACUAGAAUAAUUCUUUUAAAAAAAAUCCAUAUUCACUGCCCCUAACUAUCUUUAAAAAGUAAAAAUAAAAAAAAACCCCACCAAACGAGUAAUUAUCCAGUAAUCUCAAAAUAUAAACAUUUGAUAAUUCAUAAUAUUAUGAUUGGCGGAGAAAGUAAGUAAGUGUAGUAUUAUGUUAGAUGAAUAAGAAAUAUGAGAUAAUAUAAUAAAUUAUGAUUAGUUAGGAUAUAGGAAUAUAUGAUAUUCCAAAAAUAUUUUAUAAUUUCCCAACCAGAGGUCGGCGAUUGUCAACCUCCUCGAACAUUGACCUCAAUUUAAACAAUCCCCUCCCUGUUCCUAUCUCUUAUGUCAAUUAGUAACAUGCGUGUAUCCACUGGGAGUGGUGACCUUGCGGGAAAGGCAGUCAUUUUCAAAGGGGUAUGUCAGCUUCAACUCUUGGGCGGUGUCGCAUGCUAGUUUUGUCUAGUUGACUCUCUUUGGCGAUCUCAUACUAUACUCUGGUCAAUACUUGAUCUGUUCUGUAAUACUUGACUGAACUCCAUUGAAUAUUUUGGUGGCGAGUUUCUUCUUUUGAGUUGAGUUAAAUCUAAUAAUUACCGGUUAUCUCGAGGCCAAGACUUGUGAUUUACGUAGCAUUUUUUUUUAAAAAAAAGGGAGAAAAAAAAGAAAAAAAAGCGUGUAUCCCAAACUAAAUUAUUUUAAAAAUUUAAAAACCCUCUUCAUAUCCUUUUCUGCUUGAAUCCCUCUCCCUCACUCUCUAGUGCUUCACUGUCUCUCGACAUGCGAUAUAUAUUUACAUAGAUAGAUACAUAUAAUUUUGGGAAUGCUUAGAGAUAGAGAUGGGAAAAGAGAGGAGCAUUGUGGUGCUAGCGGAUUCGCAGGCGGAGAUGAAGAAGAAAGCGGGGAGUUGUCGGAGCUGGAUUUUAAUGGACGCGGAGGGGAAGAGCACGGUGUUGGAUGUGGAUAAGUACGCUAUCAUGGACAGAGUUCAGAUUCAUGCUCGCGAUCUUCGCAUUCUCGAUCCUCUCUUGUCUUACCCUUCCGCCAUUCUCACCCGUGAAAAAGCUAUCGUCCUCAAUUUGGAGCACAUAAAGGCGAUUAUUACACCCGAGGAGGUAUUGCUUCGAGAUCCACUGGAUGAUAAUGUUAUCCCUGUUGUUGAGGAACUACAAAGGCGAUUGCCCCUUAUAAAUUCCAUUCGUGAAGGCCAAGAAGAUGGAAAUGAGUUGGGUGACCAACAAGAUGUUGAAGCUGAUGAAGAAGAUGAAUCUCCAUUUGAAUUUCGGGCAUUGGAGGUAGCUUUGGAAGCCAUUUGCAGUUUUUUUAAUGCUCGUGCAACAGAGCUGGAGACUGGUGCUUAUCCAGCUUUAGAUGAACUCACUUCUAAGAUUAGUACCCGUAACUUGGAUCAGGUUCGUAAAUUGAAGAGUGCAAUGACAAGGUUAACUGCUAGGGUUCAAAAGGUGAGAGAUGAGCUUGAACAAUUACUGGACGAUGAUGAUGAUAUGGCUGAUCUUUACUUGUCAAGAAAAUUGGCAGGCCCAUCUUCGCCUGUUAGUGGCUUGGGUGCUGCCAAUUCGUGUCCUGCUUCACCUACCAUAGGUUCGAAGAAAUCUAGAGCAAGUAGGGCAAGUGUGGCAACAUUUCGUGGAGACGAGAAUGAUGUUGAGGAGCUUGAAAUGCUACUUGAGGCUUACUUCAUGCAAAUUGAUGGAACUUUGAACAAAUUGAAUACACUGCGCGAGUUUAUUGAUGAUACAGAAGAUUACAUUAAUAUUCAGCUUGACAAUCGUCGAAAUCAGUUGAUUCAGCUAGAGCUUUUUCUAACCUCUGCAGGUAUUUCUGUGUCACUUUGUUCAACGAUGGCUGGAAUAUUUGGAGCGAAUAUCCCAUUUACUUGGAACUCAAACCACAGUGGUAAUCGUCCCUGUGGCAUUUUGUACCUGCAUUUUUAUACUUAUCAUUUACUAUGCUCGCUGCAAGGGUCUGGUUGGAUCUUGAAAUUUAUAAAUUGCAAAGAAGAUCCAGCAGCCGUGUUAUUUGCAGCCUAGCCUGUUUCGGGUGCGAACAUAGAUAAUUAUAAACAGCUUUGUAGAGUCAUAUUUUACUCAUUUGAUCUUUUGAUUUGGAGUCCCUUGUUAUUUUGUUCUUUAUAUAUGAAGUUGGGUCAAUUAUAGUGUCCUUUUUUUUUGCACAAUCUUAGUAAUUAUGUGCUUUGUUAAAUAUAAGUAAUGAAAUAAGUUGUUUCUAUCCGGAUCAAAUUCAAGUUA